CGGUCAUUACAAGGAUCCUUGCAGCUGUUUGUUCUGGAACUGAAGUGUAUUAAUGGAGGUGCACCUACUUAAUUCCUACAUUCUGCUGUAGUGUAAGAAGAAGGAGAUCAUGUCUGUUGUGCCAUCUCCCCUUCCACCUGCACCUCCACUACCUCCACCUGCACCUCCACCUCCUCCUGCCCCGGCUUUGGCUCCUUCACUGCCCAGCAAGAAGAAGCUUUAUCAGGCCAUAGCAGAGGGAAGGACGGCUGUGAAAGGAGACUUUGAAGAAGCGUGUCUGCUCCUCACACAAAGAGAGAGUAGUUUCAGAAAGGAGCUGCAGUGGGUGCUGUUUAACAAGUAUGUGCCUUCAUUGAUCCAAGAUGGUCCCAAAUGUGGACUCGUGGCCUUAUGGAUGGCAGCUCAUCUGGUGACGCCUGCCACGACCAUAUCCAUGGAAAACAUCAUGCAAAUGGCAGUGAAUAAAGGCUACAGUGCUCAGGGAGAGAUGUUUUCAGCCAGUGAUAUGGCCCUGCUUGCAGAGGAGGUGUGUGGUGUCAGAGUUCAGAAGCUGUCUGGAGGCAUGAUUGGAGACAAUGCUACACUAAUCCUGAAACAUCUCACUGAUGGACAGCCAAUCUUAAUACCAUAUGACGAGGACUUUAACCAUGAGCCGUGUUCACGCAGCGGUCACAAAGCUCACUGGGCAGUGGCUUCAGGUGUGUUGCUUGGCCUAGCACAGGGGAGUGUCGCCAGCGAACAGCUCCCCAUGGACACCACUCUGCCAUGGCUGCAUCUUUCCCGAGUUAGCGCACUAGCUAACUGGCUCUUGGAUCCAGUUGAGGUCUACAUCUUAGCCAAACAGGGGAAGAGUCUGCGCUACCAGCUAUGGAAGUUGGAAACGGUGGCACAGAGUAAUGCGCAGCUUAGAGAAAUGGAUCCGCAGAGGGCCGGUGAUGGAUCUUACUAUGUGCUGCCCCCUGGUGGGGUGGAGGAGGGACUUGCAGGACAGGUGGUGUUGCUAUACCCCUCAGAGAAAAACUGAUCUCAAGAACACAUGAUGGGAAUACAGUGUGUGUGUAUGUGCGCUUAGUGUGCAGUCAGGAUGUAUACCUAGAACCGGUAAUUUGCUGUUUUUUUUUUACCAGGCUGUAUUGAGCCUUUUAUCCACUAGGUGGCCUUAUUUCUUUGAUAUUUCUCAUUAUGUUGCUGCUUUCAGCCCCCAGGAAAUCUAUGAUGAAAUUCCCCCCUUUUUUUUUUUUUUUGGUAAUGAUUCAUGUUAUAAAAAUCUCAUGGUGCUAAAUGAAGCAGAGCUGUUUAUUUUGCUGCUCUGAUUAAAAAUAGGAGGCAUCUGUUGGCUAAGUUUAACCUUUGAAAAUGGGCAAAAGUUCAGCGGAUAUUUGGCUGUUAGGAAAGAAGAAAAUGUGUUUAAUCAUCGUAGAGUAUUAUAUACCCAUAGAGAAAUAAAGAACAGAGAUAUUAAACGCACAGCAGCAAUGUUACUGAAUCUCAGCCCAAUAUUUCAGUCCGUAGACCUACUGAAGAAAAAAAACCACGUGUGAACAUUGUGAAAAUCCAAUCAGAUGAUAAGUGUUCACAGUGGCAGUGCAAGCUUUUAUUAAGCUUUGAGUGCAGAUACAACCCCAAUUCCAAAAAAGUUGGGACACUGUGUAAAACAUAAAGAAAAACAAA